CUAACAGAGCCCCAGGGUACCCCCAGACCAUCGGGAUCCGGGGCCGAACCAUCUAUCCGCUCCUUCCUCACAACCCCACGGGACUUCGUUUCCCAACCGGAAAUGGAGGCCUCAAAUGAGACCGCGACUCCCGCCGGAUUCUCUCCGGCUUCACCAGCCUCGCCAGAAACACAGGGGACACUGGAUGGAGACCUGCGUGCCCUCCUGCCCAAUCUGCUUACCAAGGCAGAUCUGGAAGCCCUCUCAGACCGCCUCAGCAGAGUCAUCAGGGAUGAAGUGGCUCAGGUAAGGGCGGAUGUAGCCUCUAUGGACGCACAACUUACGGCUACAGAGACCGAUAACAGAACCCUCCGGUCUGAUGCUGAACUCACCCGCACUUCAAUUAACAGCUGUGAAGCCAGCUUGGCCCACCUAACCACCUGGGUCAAUGAUCUUGAUAAUAGGGGCUGCAGGCUCAACCUCAGAGUGUGUGGG